AUGCUAGAAACAGAUCUAUACGAUGUUCUUGAAAUAGAUAGAUCAGCCACUAAUGCGGAGAUUAAGAAAGCAUACAGAAAACUAGCUUUAAAAUAUCAUCCCGAUAAAGUGGCGGAAGAAGAACGAGAAUACUCUGAAACAAAAUUCAAAGAGAUAUCAUUUGCAUACGAAAUAUUGAUUGAUGACGUAAAGAGAGAUGAGUAUGAUAGAUAUGGUACUACCGAUGGAUUAAAUGGAAUGCCCGAUUUUGAAUUCGCAGGAAAUCCUUUUGAUCAAUUUUACGGUGCAGGUGCAGGUGCCCAGUUUAACGAAUAUGGUGGUGAUGACUUUUAUAAUUUCUUCAAUAACAUGAAUGGUGGUGGAGGUGCCCGUCACCAGACAAAAACAAACAGAACCGAGGAUGCACAUAUAGAGGUUGACUUGACUUUAGAAGAUCUAUACAAAGGUAAAGUUAUCAAAACCACAUCAACCAGGAAUAUUAUUUGCACUCAGUGUAAAGGAUCAGGCGUUAAAUCGUCAUCAGUGGUCUCAAAACAAUGCUCUACUUGUAAGGGAGAAGGACAAGUUAGAAAAAUAAAGCGUGUUGGGCCUGGCAUGGUUGCACAGACAUAUGUUGAUUGUUCUACAUGUCAAGGAAUUGGGAAGAUAUAUCGAACCAAAGAUAAAUGUAAAUUAUGCCAUGGUGCAAGAGUUAUUGAAGAAACAAAAAUAUUAGAGUUUGAGAUCCCUAAAGGUUCCCCUGACCAUGGGCUUAUAUACAAAAAUGGAGAAUCCGAUCAAUUUCCAGGAAAAGUUACUGGUGAUGUCAUAUUGGAAUACAAAUGCAAACCACAUAAAGUGUUUACCAGAAAAGAUGACGAUUUGUAUAUCAAAGUCAAAGUACCGUUAGUGGACUCUAUAUGCGGGUUUUCCAAGCUUGUGGCAGUUCACUUGGAUGGAAGGGGGAUAAAAAUAACAACUCCAAAAGGAAAGGUGAUCAGACCUGGCGAUUAUUUGAAGUUGCCUGGCGAAGGGAUGCCUAAAAGCACACCCAAAAAAUCAUGGUUCAAUUCUACGGAUUCUUCUAAAGGGGACUUAUACUUGAAGGUCGAGAUUGAAUUCCCACGUGAUAACUGGUAUGUUGAAAAGAAUGAUUUAACCAAAAUCAGAAAUAUUCUUCCAACUAAGCUCACUCAAGAAGAAAAAGAGGUUGAUGUUCCAGAAGCAAGUAUCGAGUUAUUUACUGAUUUUUCGAUUAUAGAUUCCAAUCAGUUACCCAAGUACAAUCAGGAUAGAAAGUAUGAACAACAGGGGUACGAGCAAUCAUGUGCCCAACAAUAA